CAUUCUUGUGAGUCGUCGGCCUCGCACCCCGAAUUAUCAUCUACUCCACCUCACUGGCCUCAUUGAAGCUUAACUGCACCGGCCUCGAUAGUCGUCUUCUCCUCCCCCGUCCGAAUAACGAUCAAGUUGGUAGAAGCGUCCUUGCUUCGACACUCCGUCGCAAUGGCAACUCUCUUCCGCACCGCCCGCCCGAUCCUCAACAAUGCCACGAGGGCCCAAUUCCAAUCGGCCUUCGCCCGCAACACAGCCCGCGCUGGCCGACGCUUCCAGGGGACUUCCUCUGAGGCACAGGGAGCCGCAAAGGCGAGCUGGUUCAAGACUGCGUGGGACAGCCCGAUCGGAGUUAAGACGGUGCAUUUCUGGGCUCCGGUCAUGAAGUGGGCCCUCGUCCUUGCUGGUGUUUCCGACUUCGCACGCCCAGCAGAGUCCCUCUCUCUUACCCAGAACGCUGCCCUCACUUGCACCGGCGCUAUCUGGACACGCUGGUGCUUGAUCAUCAAGCCUAAGAACAUUCUUCUCGCCACAGUCAACUUCUUCCUUGGAUGCGUUGGUGCCAUCCAAGUCACCCGUAUCUUGAUGUACCAGAACAGCCCCGAGGGCAAGGCAGCAGCGGCAGCUGAGAAGGCGAAGGCAGAGCAGACUCCCGAGCCAGUUGUGGCGAGUGCCUAGAUCUGUCGACAGACAGUAUUUCGUCUGGUAUGGAGGAAUUAGAACGGAGAUAAAGCGAGGCGCUGAGCCUGUUGGUGGUGGAGGGGGAUAUCACUGGAUAUAGAAGGCCGGCGAAGAAAAUUACGGCCCGAUGUGGAAAAUGACAAGUGUCGGCGACGCAUGGGAAGCUUGAACCGGGCAGGGGGUGCAAUGAGUGUGGAUUUAGACGUCCUGGCAUCUAGAGAUGUUCUAUUACUUUCACGGCUUAUAUGCCAGGGUUAGACGAGGAUGGAAUUACUUUCGGUUCGCUCUGAUGCGCGUGUUGUUUGAAGAAUAUAAUUCUGGGCGUGUAUAUAAAUGGUAUUAACUCCGUGAUCAG